AUGGGAUCCAUGCCCGUCUUGAGCCACACCAUCGCCCCAGGACGGUCACUCAAGGUCUCAGCCACCCCCGGGAUCACCAGCAUCCUCAACAGCUUCCCCACUGCCGCCAACCUGACGAGCCCCCAGUUUGCCGCCAGCCGGCCGGUUCUCGCGCAUGAUGCCCAGUUCAACAUCGUCAUCCGGGGGCAGGUCUUCAAGCUGAGCUACGAGCAGAUCAUGUACGACGAGCCCAACCUGUUCACCACCGCCUUCCUCGACGGCUUCUCCGAGGCCGACACACGCACACUCUCCAUCCCCGGCCGCUCGCCCGCCCUGUUCGCCCUCAUCUACGAAUACCUCUCCGGCUAUGCCAUCCUGCCCAACCCCGACAUCGACCUCAGGAACCUCGUCUCCGACUGCGAAUACUACGGCCUCCAGCGACUCAAAGACCAGCUCACCCUGCCCAAGCUCGCCGACGCCCUCUGCUCCAGACACACCCUCAGCCGGGUCGUCCGCUUCGAGGACGUCGUCACUCGCCAGGCACACGCCGCCGGAUGGACGGAGAACGGCCUGGUGGAUACCUCCGAAACUACCCCCAACCACAUCCUCGUCUUCCUCACCAAAGUCAAUUUCAGAGUCGAUCUUACGGUCAAAGCGAAUGGUGAAUGUGCCCAAGCCUCUUUCGGGAUAGAACUGCCUUCCUAUGCAACGAGCCUGCGAUCGAAGCCGCUCAGUUUCCGGGACGAGAGUCUUUCGGACUGGACGGCUGUGAUGGCGGAGGCCCUAUCAGCCACGCCACUCACCCUGAACAGCGGCGAAUUCGAGGGAAACUUCGGCGACUUGGUCCAGUGGGUCGGCUCCUUCAUGAUCCGAUUCUCGGCUGGAACCGCUGCAUCUGGCUCAUCACUCAGCUCGGGGGCCAGCAGGUCGGCCCUUGGAGUACAAGACCCAGAGACGACAGAAAAGCUCUCCAAAAUCAUGCCCGGCUUGUCGGAGAACUUGAGACUACGAGCUCUGCAAGGCCAAAACACUCUGAAAUUGUCGACAUCGUUUUGGGCGAGCGAUAUGUCGCUGAUCAUCGCGCCCCCGGACGGCUCAUCUACGACCACCGACGAAAACACUCGCAACAACAACCUGGUGGCUAAAGUCCUGAACUGCAGUCUAUCGACGGGCUUGUACCGCAGAAAAUGUACCCGACCUCUUGUGAACAUCUGA